AUGGAUCAGCAAUUUUUAUCUCAGUUGGAGCAGUUACUGGGAGCCAUCAUCCAGCCUAACUCUGCCUCUUUGAAAGAUGCCACUAAGGCUCUACAAUCACAGUUUUACACCCAACCUGCUGCUUUGCCUGCCUUGGUGCACAUUUUACAGAAUGGUAGCGAUGAUGGAUUGAAACAAUUGGCAGGUGUAGAGGCCAGAAAGCUGGUAACUAAGUACUGGGGUGGUUUAGAUGCGGGUGUUCAGUCUGAAAUCAAAAACUCACUUUUGAACUCUGCUUUCAACGAACCUAAGGAAAUUGUUCGCCACGCGAACGCACGUGUGAUUGCUGCUAUCGGUGCUGAAGAGCUAGAUGAAAAGAAAUGGCCUGAGCUUGUACCCAAUGUAAUCCAAGCUGCUUCUGGGGACGACACUAAAGUUUCUGAAACCGCCCUUUUCAUUUUGUUGUCUUUGCUCGACAAUAUGAACCCUGCAUUGAACUUGUACAUCGGUGACUUUCUGACUUUAUUCAGCGUGACCAUCUCUGAAGGCGCUUCUUUGGAAACCAGAUCUUUGUCUGCUCAGGCCCUCAACCAGGUGUCUAAUCUAAUUGAGGAGGAAGGUGAGAUUAAUCCCGAAUACGCCUCCAAAUUCGCCUCUUUGAUCCCAUCUGUCGUUAGUGUUCUGGAAGCAGUCAUCAAGGCCGACGAUUCUGUCAACACGAAACUUAUAUUCAACUGUUUGAAUGAUUUCCUGUUGUUGGAUUCGCAAUUGACCGGCAAUUCCAUCAUUGACUUGAUCAAAUUAGCGUUGCAGAUCGCCGUGAACGCUGAUGUCGAUGACGAUGCUAGAGUGUACGCCGUCCAAUUUGUUACUUCCGGCUUGUCUUUCAGAAAAUCGAAGAUCAUUCAGGCGAAGCUUGGCCCCGAUAUCACUGUCGCUGCUUUAAGAGUUGCAUCUGAAGAAAUCGAUAUUGAUGAUGAAUUAAACAAUGAAGAUGAAGCUGCCGAAAACGAAGAAAACACACCUUCUUUGACUGCUAUUAGGCUUCUAGCUUUCGCAUCUUCUGAAUUACCACCUUCUCAAGUUGCCGUACCAAUUAUUGAACAUCUCCCAACUAUGCUUCAAUCUUCAAAUCCUUUCGAAAGAAGAGCUAUUUUGCUAGCCAUCUCCGUCGCAGUCACUGGUUGUCCAGAUUACAUCUUGUCUCAACUUGACAAAAUCAUUCCAGCCACGAUUGCAGGGCUAAAAGAUAGUCACCCAAUUGUCCAAUUGGCAGCUUUGAAAUGUAUCUCUCAAUUGACCACUGAUUUGCAAGAUGAGGUUGCCAAGUUCCACGAGGAAUACUUGCCAUUGAUCAUGAACAUCAUUGAUUCUGCCAAGAAUGUCGUUAUUUACAAAUAUGCUACUGUUGCUCUAGAUGGAUUACUAGAGUUCAUUGCCUAUGAAGCUAUCUCUAAAUACUUGGAACCUUUGAUGAACAAGCUAUUUCACAUGUUAGAUACUAACACUUCAUCAAAAUUAAGAGCAGCCAUCGUUUCAGCUAUUGGUUCCGCAGCUUUUGCAGCUGGUGCCUCAUUUUUGCCUUAUUUCAAGACGUCCGUGCAAUACCUCCAACAGUUUAUUCAGAAUUCUGGUCAAAUUGAGGGUCUCUCUGAAGAUGACAUUGAACUAAGAGCUUUGACCUUUGAGAAUAUCUCAACUAUGGGUAGAGCUGUCAGAUCGGAAGCUUUCCACGAAUUCGCUGAACCAUUAUUGAAUUCGGCUUAUGAAGCAAUCAAAACCGAUUCUGCCAGACUGAGAGAGUCUGGAUACGCCUUCAUUGCAAAUAUGGCUAAGGUAUACGGCAGAGACUUCGCACCUUUCUUGGAGACAGUGUUGCCAGAAAUUUUCAAGACUUUAGAACAAGAAGAAUAUCAGUUCAACUUCGACGGAGAUGCAGAGGACCUUGCUGCCUAUGCGGAAGAUGCUGACGUCGAUGAUUUGCAACAAAAGUUCACUGUAAAUACCGGUAUUUCUUAUGAAAAGGAGGUUGCUGCUGCUGCUUUGUCUGAGUUGGCUCUAGCUACAAGAGAAAGCUUCUUGAAGUACGUCGAGCCAUCUUUGAAAGUGUUGAAUGAACAGGUAAACGAAUCUUAUGGUUUGAGAGAAACUGCGCUACACACUUUGUGGAACAUUACCAAGGCGGUUCUUUUGACUGCCAACGUCGAAGAAGAAAACUACCCAGUUGGGGUUCCAUCUGGUUCCUAUGUGGAUAACAGUGUCUUGGCAGUUGUGCAAAAUGCUAGAGAAACUUCAUUGGACAACUUGACGGAUGAGUUCGAGACUUCCAUGAUUAUCACCAUCUUGGAAGAUUUUGGCGAAAUGAUCAAAAAAUUCGGUCCUAUUGUUAUCAUUGACAACAAUGACUCUUCUUCUUUGGAAAGACUUUGCGUCGAGGUCUUGUCCGUUUUAAAGGGUACUCACGCCUGUCAAACCAUUGACUACGAAGAGGAUGUGCCAAAGGACGAAGAUACUGAUGCAUCAGAGACUGAAGCCGCUCUCCUAGAUUGCGCUCUGGAAGUCUUGGUGGGUCUUUCAUAUGCUCUAGGUGCAGACUUCGCCAAAAUCUUUGAAAACUUCAAGCCUGUCGUCUUGGCUUUGUUUCAAUCCAAAUCUAAAAACAAGAGAUCCGCAGCAGUUGGCUCUGUUUCUGAGAUUGCACUUGGAUUGAAGGAGAGUAACCCAUUUGUCCAAGAAUUGCUGGAAGGUUUGAUAAUUAGAUUGACCACGGACAAGUCACUCGAGGUCAGAGGAAACGCUGCCUAUGGUGUUGGUUUAUUAUGCCAGUACGCCAGCUUCGACAUUUCCGCAAUCUACGAGCCAGUCCUCAGAGCCAUGUACGAACUUCUCAGUACUGCUGACCAAAAGGCGCUUGCAGCUGAGGAUGACGAAGCUACUAGAGAAAUCGUUGACCGUGCGUUUGCCAACGCUACUGGUUGCGUUGCUAGAAUGACUUUGAAACAUGAAAACCUUGUUCCUUUAGAGCACACUUUACCAGCCUUAUUGAAUCACUUACCUCUCAAGACCGGGUUCGAGGAGUAUGACCCAAUUUUCGAAUUGAUUAUGAAGCUUUACCAAUCUAACAACAACAUGAUAAUCAAUGAGACACCAAGAGUAGUCGAUUUCUUCGCUGCAGUUUUCACCAAGGAAGCUGAGAGAAUCAAACUUGAACAAGAGUCUACAUUGGGAAGGGAGGAAAAUAUGGACAGAAUGAAACAAUUCCAGACAAAGGAAAUGGAGCAGAAGGUUGUAGACUUGCUCAAAUAUCUAAACACUACAUAUGGCGUAGUGGCACAGAAGCCUAUUUUGGCUCAAACGAUUGCAUGA